CCUCCAAACAAGACACAUCUUUCACUAAAGUCUUUUACAUUUAUAAAUCUUCUUUGUUUCUACUUUCGUCUGUUUUUAUUAUUAAAUUAUAUUCUUCCAAAAAAAUAUUUUGUUUCCUAGAUUAAUCGAACAUGUCGCUAGACGGAUCAGGAUUAGGAGGGAUGGCUAUGGCGGAGGCUUACACCGCAAGGAAGUUUCACAGAGAGAACAUGAAGAUUUUAACGGCAAGCACAGCCACAACCGUCGGUGGAGGAAUAGGAGACAACGGUGGAGGAUACAGCCGGUGGUUCUGGGGAAAGCUGAGCACCAAGAAAAACUCGCCCAAAGUUUGUGAUAUUAUAACUAUAGAAUAAUAAGCUAAGAUGGUCACAUCGAAUAUUAAUCUAAGAAAUAAAAAUUUAAGGUAUUCUAUAUGCCGGUCUUGUUUUACGUUAUUUUCUGCUUUAUGUUUGGUAAGACUUUCAUAUGAAUUUAUUUAUGAAUAUUGGUUUUACUAAAAA